GGUGGAUCUUGGCCGGUCUGCCAACCCAAUAAAAUUCCCCCCAUUCUUCUUCAUCCCCUCGCGCCUUUCUGGUUCCUAUCGACGUCCCUCUCGCUCGCUGCUGUCUUCACUGACCAGGCGGAUUCAACCCCGCUGUCAAACAAGGUCUUACCCCGUUCCCUCAGCAUGAAUUAGGUAGAGACAAGGCAUCUUUCCCCAAGUUGACCACGUCUCCGUCCGUUGCGAGCCUUCCGAACGAUGGCCGAACCCACAAAGAUCAGCAUUCUGGGUCGGGAGAGCAUCGUCGCUGAUUUCGGACUCUGGCGCAAUUAUGUCGCCAAGGACCUGAUCAGCGGCCUGGCCUCCACGACCUACGUUCUCAUCACCGACACCAACAUCGGUUCCCUCUACGCCCCCAACUUCCAGAAGGCCUUCGAAGAGGCUGCUGCCGCCGUCUCCCCCAAGCCUCGCUUGCUCAUCUACCAUGUCGCCCCCGGUGAAGUCUCCAAGUCCCGACAGACAAAAGCCGAUAUCGAGGAUUGGAUGUUGAGCCAGAGUCCCCCAUGCGGUCGUGAUACUGUCAUCAUUGCUCUGGGCGGCGGUGUCAUUGGAGACCUGACCGGUUUUGUCGCGGCCACCUACAUGCGCGGCGUCAAGUACGUGCAGGUCCCGACGACCCUCCUCGCCAUGGUGGAUUCUUCCAUUGGUGGAAAGACCGCUAUUGAUACACCAUUGGGUAAGAACCUGAUCGGAGCCAUCUGGCAGCCGUCGAGAAUCUACAUUGACCUGGAAUUCCUGGAGACGCUCCCCGUCAGGGAGUUCAUCAACGGCAUGGCGGAGGUGAUCAAGACCGCCGCCAUCUCCAGCGAGGAGGAAUUCACAGCGCUGGAGGACAACGCGGAGACAAUCCUGACUGCCGUCCGUCGGGUAGUCCAACCCGGCCAGCACCGCUUUGCGGGCAUUGAGGAUAUCCUGAAGGCCCGCAUCUUGGCUUCGGCCCGUCACAAGGCUUACGUCGUCUCUGCGGACGAGCGCGAGGGUGGUCUCCGGAAUCUGCUCAACUGGGGCCACUCUAUUGGACACGCCAUCGAAGCCAUUUUGACCCCUCAGGUUCUCCACGGAGAAUGUGUCGCCAUUGGUAUGGUGAAGGAGGCUGAGCUGGCCCGUCACCUUGGCAUCCUGAAGGGCGUUGCGGUUGCGCGCAUUGUCAAGUGCCUCUCUGCCUAUGGCCUGCCAACCUCCCUGAAGGAUUCGCGGAUCCGGAAGCUCACCGCUGGUAAGCACUGCUCUGUCGACCAGCUGCUCUUCAACAUGGCUCUCGACAAGAAGAACGACGGCCCUAAGAAGAAGAUUGUGCUGCUUUCGGCGAUCGGACGCACCUACGAACCCCGCGCCAGCGUCGUCCCGAAUGAAGAUAUUAGCGUCGUUCUGGCUCCGAGUAUCGAGGUGCACCCGGGCGUUGCCCCCUCCUCAAAGGUCAUCUGUACGCCUCCCGGCUCCAAGAGUAUCUCGAACCGCGCUCUGGUUCUGGCCGCUUUGGGUUCGGGAACCUGCCGCAUCAAGAACCUGCUGCACUCCGACGACACCGAGGUCAUGCUGAACGCUUUGGAGCGUCUGGGCGCUUGCACUUUCUCCUGGGAAGAGGAGGGCGAAGUGCUGGUCGUCAACGGCAAGGGAGGUGACCUUCAGGCUACCUCCACCCCUCUCUACCUGGGCAACGCGGGUACCGCCUCGAGAUUCCUCACCACUGUCGCUACCCUCGCCACUGCCACCAAUGUGGACUCGAACGUCCUUACCGGCAACAACCGCAUGAAGCAGAGACCCAUUGGCGACCUGGUCGACGCCCUCACGGCGAACGGUGCUGCGAUCGAGUACAUGGAGAGAAAGGGCAGUCUUCCCCUGAAGAUUGCGGCCUCUGGUGGUUUCGCUGGUGGCCAGAUCAACCUCGCUGCCAAGGUGUCAUCCCAGUAUGUGUCUUCGUUGCUCAUGUGCGCUCCGUACGCCAAGGAGCCGGUCACCCUCAGGCUGGUGGGUGGCAAGCCCAUUUCUCAGCCGUACAUUGACAUGACCACGGCCAUGAUGAGGUCUUUCGGCAUCGAUGUGCAGAAGUCCACCACGGAGGAGCACACCUACCACAUCCCCCAGGGUCGCUAUGUCAACCCUGCCGAAUAUGUCGUGGAGAGCGAUGCCAGUUCGGCUACGUACCCUCUGGCAAUUGCCGCGAUCACGGGCACCACUUGCACUGUGCCCAACAUCGGCUCCAAGUCUCUCCAGGGUGACGCUCGCUUCGCCGUCGAUGUUCUGCGUCCCAUGGGCUGCACUGUGGAGCAGACCGACAGCUCGACCACCGUUACCGGAGCUCCUGGAGGUGCCCUGCGGCCUCUGCCCAACGUCGACAUGGAGCCUAUGACCGAUGCGUUCCUGACGGCAUCCGUGCUCGCGGCUGUCGCUCGCGGGGAUGGCUCGAACCACACGACUCGCAUCUACGGCAUUGCCAACCAGCGUGUGAAGGAAUGCAACCGGAUCAAGGCCAUGAAGGAUGAACUCGCCAAGUUUGGCGUUAUCUGCCGUGAGCACGAUGAUGGCCUUGAAAUCGACGGUAUCGACCGCGCCAGUCUCCGCCAGCCUGCUGGCGGCAUCUACUGCUAUGACGACCACCGUGUGGCGUUCAGCUUCAGCGUUCUUUCUCUUGUCACCCCUCAGUCGACUCUGAUCUUGGAGAGAGAAUGUGUUGGCAAGACCUGGCCCGGUUGGUGGGACAGUCUGAAGCAGCUCUUCGCCGUGAAGCUUGAGGGUCGGGAGCUGAAGGAGGAUGAGGUCUCCGCUCUUACUCAAGCCGAGAAGUCUAGUGCCUCCGUGUUCAUCAUUGGCAUGCGUGGUGCCGGUAAGACCACCAGUGGACGGUGGGUUGCGAAGACGCUCAACCGCCCAUUCAUUGAUCUCGACACCGAGCUCGAGGCUUCCGAAGGCAUGUCGAUUCCGGAUAUCAUCAAGCACCGUGGAUGGCAAGGCUUCAGGGAUGCCGAGCUCAACCUGUUGCAGCGUACGUUGAAAGAGCGCUCGACUGGCUAUGUCUUCGCUUGCGGUGGCGGCAUCGUGGAGAUCCCCGAGGCCCGGAAGCUGCUCACUGAUUACCACAAGACCAAGGGCAAUGUUCUGCUGAUCAUGCGGGAUAUCAAGGAGGUCAUGGACUUCCUCUCCAUUGACAAGACCCGCCCGGCUUACGUCGAAGACAUGAUGGGCGUGUGGUUGCGCCGGAAGCCGUGGUUCCAGGAGUGCAGCAACAUCCAGUACUACAGCCAGACUGCCACUAACGGACUCGCCCGGGCAUCUGAGGACUUUAGGCGCUUCCUCCGGACUGUGACGGGAGAGGUUGACAGCCUUGACAUCAUCAAGCGCAAAGAGCAUUCCUUCUUUGUGUCGCUGACCUUGCCCAACCUCCGCAGUGCUAGCGAUAUCUUGAAGAAGGUAUGCGUUGGUUCUGAUGCGGUGGAACUCCGUGUCGAUCUCCUGGAAGAUCCUUCAACGGAUGGUGUGAUCCCUUCCGUCGACUACGUCGCCGAGCAGGUGUCUUUCCUCCGCAGCUACGUCUCGCUUCCGGUUAUCUUCACCAUUCGCACUCAGAGUCAGGGUGGUCGCUUCCCUGACGACGCCCACGCCGAGGCCUUGGAGCUCUACCGCCUGGCCAUCCGGUCUGGCCUUGAGUUUGUGGAUCUCGAGAUUGCGUUCCCGGACGAGCUGCUGCGCACCGUCACGGAGCACAAGGGCUAUUCCAGAAUCAUCGCUUCGCACCACGACCCUAAGGGCGAGCUGUCCUGGGGCAACAUGUCGUGGACGAAGUACUACAACCGUGCGCUGGAGUACGGUGAUGUGAUCAAGCUGGUUGGCGUGGCCAAGAGCCUGGACGACAACAACGCUCUGAGGAACUUCAAGAACUGGGCUGCCGAGGCUCAUGAUGUGCCUUUGAUCGCCAUCAACAUGGGCGACAACGGCCAGCUCAGCCGGAUCCUGAACGGCUUCAUGACCCCCGUGUCUCACCCUAGCCUGCCGUUCAAGGCUGCUCCCGGCCAGCUCUCGGCCGCCGAGAUCCGCCGGGGUCUGUCCCUGAUGGGCGAGCUCAAGGCCAAGAAGUUUGCCCUCUUUGGCACUCCCAUCUCUCAGUCUCGCUCCCCCGCUCUCCACAACACCCUGUUCGCGCAGACUGGUCUGCCUCACGAGUACAGCCGCUUGGAGACCGCCCAGGCCGAGGAUGUCAAGGACUUCAUCCGGUCGCCCGACUUCGGCGGUGCCUCGGUCACGAUUCCUCUGAAGCUGGACAUCAUGCCUCUUUUGGAUGAAAUCGCGCCCGACGCGGAGAUCAUCGGUGCUGUGAACACCAUCGUGCCGGUGUCCGGAGGCAAGGGUCAGCCGAAUCGCUUGGUGGGCUGCAACACGGAUUGGCAGGGCAUGACGCUGUCGCUGCGCAACUCGGGCGUGUACGGGUGCAACGGCGAUGCCAGUGCCGUCGUGGUGGGCGGUGGUGGCACGGCCCGCGCGGCCAUCUACGCUCUGCACAACAUGGGCUACUCCCCGAUCUACAUCGUGGGUCGCUCCCCGGCCAAGCUCGAGAGCAUGAUCUCGACGUUCCCCAGCAGCUACAAGAUCCGGAUCGUCGACAGCAUCGACGCGCUGGACACAGUUCCCACGGUGGCGAUUGGCACCAUUCCGGCCGACAAGCCGAUCGAUGCGGGCAUGCGCGAGACGCUGUGCCACAUGUUUGCGCGCGCCCAAGAGGCGGACGCCGAGUUGGUCAAGUCGGUGGAGAAGGUGCCCCGGGUGCUCGUGGAGAUGGCAUACAAGCCGUCGGUGACGACGUUGAUGCAGCUGGCCAGCGACGCGGGCUGGCAUACGGUCCCGGGUCUGGAGGUCCUGGUUGGCCAGGGAUGGUACCAGUUCCAACACUGGACGGGUAUCUCGCCGCUCUACGAAGACGCCAGGGAUGCCGUGAUCGGGUCGCCGGACCCUAACUCUGCUUGAAUUUGAUCCAUUAGAUGAUUAGCCUCAUUUAACCUUCAACGGACGUGUUGAUCAGACUAACUGGUGGAUUGGAU